UGUCCGGGGCGCAGGGGGCGUGUCCGGGGCGCAGGGCCUGUCCAGCCGCCGCAUGCUGCGCUCGGGGUCCGUUCGCUGCCUCCGCAGCGGCGCCAGGACCGGGGUUCUCCCGGGGGGCUCCCCCUGGGGGUCCCCGGUCCCUAGGAGUGCUCCUGUCCGGGCCCUGCGCGCCGCAGUCCCGCUCCGCUCUGACAUCUUCCGCGAGCUGGAGCAGGGCCUGAGGCGCAUGGGUCAGACCCUGAAGGAUCAGCUGCCGGCGCUGCGGCCGGGGGGCUGGGGGAACUGGACCCCCCCGGGCAUCCCCUCCGGGCCCCGGCCGCCCGAGGAAGCCGACGUGGUGGUGGUGGGGGGCGGCGUGGUGGGCUGGUCGGUGGCCUACUGGCUGAAGGCGCUGGAGGGGCAGCAGCACGGCAUGAAGGUGCUGGUGGUGGAGCGGGACCCCACGUACUCGCAGGCCUCCACGGUGCUGUCGGUGGGGGGCAUCCGGCAGCAGUUCUCGCUGCCCGAGAACAUUCGCAUGUCUCGCUUCUCCGCCGCCUUCCUGCGCGACAUCAACGAGUACCUCGGGGUGCCCAACGAGCCCCCCAUCGACAUCCAGUUCCAGCCCUCGGGGUACCUCUUCCUCGCCCCCACAGAAGCUGCUGCCAAGCUGGAGGCUGUCGUCCAGCUCCAGAGGGAGGAAGGGGCUCAAGUGGCUCUGCUGUCCCCAGCCCAGCUGAAGGAGAAGUUCCCCUGGAUAGACACAGAGGGUGUGGCUGUGGCCUCCUAUGGUCUGGAGGAUGAAGGCUGGUUUGACCCCUGGACCCUGCUCAACGCCUUCCGCCGCAAAGCCAUAUCCCUGGGGGUCCACAGCUGCUCCGGGGAGGUGCGAGGUUUUGUCACCACAGCUAAGGGCUUGACACCGGGAGGAGCAUCCCCACAGUUCGCACGCAUCAACUACGUCCAUAUCCACAUGCCAGACAGCCUGGAGUACCAGCCAGUGUCUUGUGCCAUCGUGAUCAACGCUGCGGGCGCCUGGGCCGGGAAGCUGCUGGAGCAGUCUGGGGUGCCAGAGGCGCUGCGGCAGCCUCCCCUCCCCAUCCAGCCCAGGAAGAGGUACGUGUUCUCCUUCCACUGCCCGGAUGGUCCUGGCCUCUCCUGCCCCUUUGUCGUCGACACCUCCGGUGCCUACUUCCGCCGCGAUGGCAUCGCUGGCAACUACCUUGGUGGCAUGAGCCCCCCCGAGGACGAGGAGCCGGACGCGGGGGACCUGUCGGUGGACCACGAGUUCUUCCCGGCGCGGCUGUGGCCGCUGCUCGCCCGCCGCGUCCCGCCCUUCGCCGCGCUGCGGCCCCGCGCCGCCUGGGCCGGCUACUACGACUACAACUGCUUCGACCGGAACGCGGUGCUGGGCCCGCACCCGCGCCUGGAGAACCUCUUCGUGGCGGCAGGCUUCAGCGGGCACGGCCUGCAGCACGCCCCCGCCGCCGGCCGGGCGCUGGCCGAGCUGCUGCUGCGGGGCCGCUACCGCAGCCUGGACCUGCGGCGCCUCGGCUGGCAGCGGCUGCUGGACGGCACCCCGCUGGAGGAGGGCGGCGUGGUGUGAGCGGGGUGCGGGCACCGGGGCGGCCGCAGGGGACCGGGGGGAGCGGGUGAGCGGGGCUGGCCUGAGUGUGACCGAGGGUGCAGGGUGAACGAGGCUGUGGAGUGACCGGAGCUGGCCUAGGUGUGACCGGGGCUAGCCUAGGUG